AUGGAAAGUAAGAACAACCUCACAGAAUUUAUUCUCUUAGGACUUUCUCCGCAAAAAGAAGUUGAAAUUCUCUGUUUUUUACUGUUUUCAUUUUGUUACAUUGCAAUCUUGGCAGGAAACCUACUUAUCAUGAUUUCUAUCACCUGCAGUCAACUUAUAAACCAGCCCAUGUAUUUCUUCCUGAAUUUUCUCUCACUCUCCGACCUUUGCUACACCUCUACUGUGACACCCAAGCUAAUCAUUGACUUGUUGGCAGACAAGAAGACAAUUUCCUAUAAUGGCUGUAUGACUCAGCUCUUUACCAUGCAUUUCUUUGGGGGGAUUGAGGUCUUCAUCCUCACAGGGAUGGCCUAUGACCGUUACGUGGCCAUCUGCAAGCCCCUGCACUACACCAUCAUCAUGAGCAGACGAAGGUGUGAUGCUAUGGUGGCAGCUUCCUGUGCUGGAGGUUUCCUGCACUCUUUUGGUCAGUUUCUGCUCACCACCUUCUUACCCUACUGUGGCCCCAAUGAGAUAGAUCACUACUUCUGUGAUAUCUAUCCCCUGCUGAAACUGGCCUGCACGGAUACCAGCAGAAUUGGUCUUUUGGUCAUUGCCAAUUCUGGUGUGAUGGGUCUAGUGACCUUUGUGGUCUUGUUGAUAUCUUAUGCUGUGAUCUUGUACACGGUCAGGUCCUACUCCAAAGAGAAUCGUCACAAAGCUCUUUCCACAUGCACUUCCCAUAUCACUGUGGUGGUCCUGUUUUUUUCCCCCUUACUCUUUAUUUACAUUCGACCAGCAACUACUUUACCAGAAGAUAAGGUGUUUGCUCUUUUUUAUACAAUUAUUGCUCCCAUGCUCAACCCUCUGAUAUACACCUUAAGGAACAUGGAGAUGAAGAAUGCCAUAAAGAAACUUUGGUACUUUCCUGUAUUCCCUGAAGAGAGGAACAUUCUCUCCUGA